AUGGCUGCUAAAGAGAUGAGACCAGAAGAUAUCACUGAUACAGAUCGGGCGUUGAUCGAGCAAUUGAGACAAAGGAUAAAACAUGAAUUGGAGCUUGUUCCCGCUUACGAUGAUGACUUGUCUCUUCUUCGAUGGAUCGUCGGCUGGGAUCGCAAAAUUGAUGUCGUUGUUCCAAAGAUUCGUUUUUCCCUUCGUGCCAUCCAUGCUCUCGGCUUUAAUCGAAUCGAUUUCGAGACUCUCGACAAAGUGAAUGAAUAUUGUGAUUCUGUAUCAAAACCUUUACAAUAUUUACCUGGCUCAGUUGUUGGAUUCGAUAAAAACGAUAAUGUGUUGGUGAUUCAAAUGAUCGGUCGUUGUGAUGCAACCGGAUUGAUGCCGUGCACAAGAAAUUCGGAUUUGUAUUUGAUGAGAAUCGCUGAAAGUGAAGGAGUGAUGGAUGUGAUUAGACGAAAAGAGAAAGAGCUUGGCAAGCAGGUUGGCACUUGUGUGAUCUUCGAUUUGGAUGGAGUGAAUAUGGGACAAUUUGACACGGGAGCACUCAAAGUGAUCACAACAAUGUUGUCACAAUUGCAGGAAAUGUUCCCGGAUGUCAUCCGUCACAUCUACAUUGUCAAUGCUCCCUCAUUCAUUCAGAUGCUCUGGAAUUUGAUCUCCCCAUGUUUGGCAGCGCAAACGAAACAGAAAAUCGAGUUCUUAGGGAAUAAUUGGAAAGAAAGAUUGAGAGACUCAAUCGGCGCCGAGAAUCUCUUCAGACAUUGGGGAGGUGAUAAAGAACAUGAAAAUGAAUACGGAACAGUGAGAACGGGAGGGAAAGUACCGGAAUCGUUGAAAUACAAUUCGGCGAAUGACCUUCCCGCUGAAAAACUCACGAAACUCUCAGUUCCAGCUCGAUCGACCGUUUUUGUCCCUGUAACUGUUUAUGGAGUUAAUCCGAAUCGAAAAAUUCGUUGGUGGUGGCGAUUGGAGAGUAAUGAUGUUAUUUUCUCGAUUAACCUUUCGAAUAACAAAGACGGCGAUGUGCUGGCUGAACAUGAGAGUGACACGAUGAUUUGGCCUAAAUUCAAAUUGCAAACCGAAUUUGUUCCCGAAUGUGGAGAGGUGAUCGCUUCUGCACCGGGUAUCUACAAACUUAUUUUCGAUAAUACUUAUGGAAAAUUGUGGGGUAAAACUAUUCGAUACAAUGUGCAAGUUAUUGAAGAAGAUAAUCAA